AUGCCCGAGUGCGCGGUGAAACUGCCCCCUCCAGGCGGUGCCAGCCGCUCAGGGGUGGGCAUGCCGGGACGACCUACGUUGGAAACCCGAAGUUGUUUUCAUGAUAGGAUGAUGACGGUGGCAAGACCGCGGGUGAGAGGCCUGAGCGGGUGGCAUCGGCCCAGAAAUGCCUCACGGUGCGGCAUCGCAGCGGAGACUCGGAGAGUGAACGGGACUCGGGCUAGUGGAAGGCAAGGGCAGAAGAACGAGGGGUGCCGGGGACCCCGGUGGUCGGAGCGUGGUGAACAGGGUCGGCAGCUUGAUACUGGCACACCAUACAAUCUGAGUGAGCCGUGUAUCCAAGGAUGUCAUUUUUGGAACUCUGCAGAUCAGGAAAACUGUGAUUUAAAGUGUAAUGAAACUUAUGCCACGGUUUCUGAGCGAGAGUUCUGUGAGGUUGGCUGCAGCAGUGCCAAAGGUGCUUAUGAAGAGGAAGUACUAGAAAAUGCUGAGCUCCCCACUGCACCCUUUGCUUCUUCCAUUGGAAACCAUAGCGUGACACUGGGAUGGAGACCUGCCAACAUCUCUGGAGUAAAAUACAUUGUUCAGUGGAAAUAUGCACAACUUCCUGGAAGCUGGACUUACACUGAGACUGUGUCCAACCCCUCAUAUGUGGUUGAGCCCCUGCAUCCCUUCACUGAAUAUGUUUUUCGAGUGGUUUGGAUCUUCACAGCGCAGCUACAGCUUUAUUCUCCACCCAGUCCCGCUUACAGGACUCAUCCUUAUGGAGUUCCUGAAACUGCCCCUGUCAUUACGAAUAUUGAGAGCUCAAGUCCCAAUACUGUGGAAGUCAGCUGGGAUCCACCUCAAUUCCCAGGUGGACCGAUUUUGGGUUAUAACUUAAGACUGAUCAACAAAAAUCAAAAGUUAGAUUCAGGGACGCAGAGAACAAGUUUCCAGUUUUAUUCUACAUUACCAAAUACCACCUACAGGUUUUCUGUUGCAGCAGUAAAUGGAGUUGGUGAGGGGCCGGAAGCAAAAUCUAGUAUUACCACUUCAUCCCCGGCAGUCCAAGAAGAGGAACAGUGGCUUUUUUUAUCCAGAAAAAUGUCACUAAGAAAGAGAUCUUUAAAACACUUAGUAGAUGAAGCACAUUGCCUUUGGUCAGAUGCUAUACACCAUAAUAUUACAGGAAUAUCAAUUAAUGUCCACCAGCAUGCUGUAUAUUUCUCUGAAGGACCUCUCAUUUGGGUGAAGAAAGCUGCCAACAUAUCUGAUGUGUCUGAUCUGAGAAUUUUUUAUAGAGGUUCAGGAUUAAUUUCUUCUAUCUCCAUAGAUUGGCUUUAUCAGAGAAUGUAUUUCAUCAUGGAUGAACGGGUAUGUGUCUGUGAUUUAGAGAAUUGUUCAAGCAUUAUGGAAAUUCCUCUUCCUUCUAAUAAUGUACCUCAAAAAAUUGUGGCUGAUUCCUACAAUGGGUAUGUCUUUUAUCUCCUGAACGACGGCAUUUACAGAGUGAAUCUCCCCAUGCCAUCUGCUCAGGACACUCCAGCUGUGCGUAUUGUGGAGAGUUUCACCUUAAAGGACUUUGCAGUAAAGCCGCAAUCCAAGCGAAUCAUUUACUUCAAUGACACCGCCCAAGUCUUCAUGUCAACAUUUCUGGAUGGCUCUGCUUCCCAUCUUGUUCUACCUCAUGUCCCCUUUACUGAGGUGAAGAGCUUUGCUUGUGAGAACAAUGACUUCCUUGUCACAGAUGGCAAGGCUGUUUUCCAGCAAGACUCAAUGUCUUUUAAUGAAUUCAUUGUUGGGUGUGACCUAAGUCACAUUGAAGAAUUUGGGUUUGGUAACUUGGUCAUCUUCAGCUCAUCCAUCCAGAUGCACCCUCUGCCAGCCCGGCCUCAGGAGCUCUCCGUGCUGUUUGGUUCUUACCAGGCCCUGGUUCAGUGGAAGCCUCCUGCUCUCGCCAUAGGAGCCAGCCCUUCCGCCUGGCAGAACUGGACUUACGAGGUGAAAGUGUCAACCCAAGAUCUUCCUGAAAUCACUCAUGUUUUUUCUAACCUAAGUGAAACCAUGCUUAAUGUACCUGAGCUGCAGAGUGCUACAAAAUACAAGGUUUCUGUGAGAGCGAGUUCGCCUAAAGGCUCAGGACCCUGGUCAGAGCCCUCAGUAGGCACUACCCUCGUGCCAGCUACAGAACCACCAUUUAUCAUGGCUGUGAAAGAAGAUGGGCUUUGGAGUAAACCAUUAAAUAGCUUUGGCCCAGGAGAGUUCUUAUCCUCUGAUAUAGGAAAUGUGUCAGACAUGGAUUGGUAUAACAACAGCCUCUACUACAGUGACAUGAAAGGUGACGUUUAUGUGUGGCUGAUGAAUGGGACGGAUAUCUCAGAAAAUUAUCACAUACCCAAUAUUGCAGGAGCAGGGGCUUUAGCUUUUGAGUGGCUAGGCCACUUUCUCUACUGGGCUGGAAAGACAUAUGUGAUACAAAGGCAGUCAGUGUUGACGGGACACACAGACAUUGUGACGCAUGUGAAGCUGUUGGUGAAUGACAUGGCAGUUGAUUCAGUUGGUGGAUAUCUCUAUUGGACCACACUCUACUCAGUUGAAAGCACCAGACUAAAUGGAGAAAGUUCCCUUACACUACAGGCACAGCCUUGGUUUUCUGGGAAAAAGGUAAUUGCUCUUACUUUGGACCUCAGUGAUGGGCUCCUGUAUUGGUUGGUUCAAGACAGUCAGUGUAUUCACUUGUACACAGCUGUUCUUCGGGGACAGAGCACUGGGGAUACCACCAUCACAGAGUUUGCAGCCUGGAGUUCUUCGGAAAUUUCACAGAAUGCAUUGAUGUACUAUAGUGGUCGGCUCUUCUGGAUCAAUGGUUUUAGGAUUAUCACUGCUCAGGAAAUAGGUCAGAGAACCAGUGUGUCUGUUUCAGAACCAGCCAAAUUUAAUCAAUUCACAAUUAUUCAGACAUCUCUCAAACCUCUGCCAGGAAACUUUUCCUUUACUCCUAAGGUUAUCCCUGAUCCUGUUCUAGAGUCUUCAUUUAGGAUUGAAGGAAAUGCUUCCAGUUUUCAAAUCCUGUGGGAUGCUCCCCCUGCCGUAGACUGGGGUAUAGUUUUCUACAGUGUGGAAUUUAGUACUCAUUCUAAGUUCCUGGAUAGUGAACAACAGCCUUUACCUGUAUUUACUGUGGAAGGGCUGGAGCCCUAUGCCUUGUUUAAUCUUUCUGUUACUCCUUAUACCUACUGGGGAAAAGGUCCCAAAACAUCUCUAUCACUUCGAGCACCUGAAACAGUUCCAUCAGCACCAGAGAACCCCAGAAUAUUUGUAUUACCAAGUGGAAAACACUACAACAAGAAUGAAGUUGUGGUAGAAUUUAGGUGGAAUAAACCUACGCAUGAAAAUGGCAUAUUAACAAGAUUUGAAAUUUUCUAUCAAAUAUGCAACCAAAGUGACACAAACAAAACAUUCAAAGACUGGAUUGCUGUCAACGUCACUCCCUCAGUGACAUCUUUUCAACUUGAGGCCAUGAGCCCUGGAUACAUUGUUUCCUUCCAGGUUCGAGUCUUCACAUCCAAGGGGCCAGGGCCGUUUUCUGACAUAGUAAAGUCUAAAACAUCAGAAAUCAACCCAUUUCCUUACCUCAUAACUCUUCUUGGCAACAAGAUAGAUUUUUUAGAUAUGGAUCAAAAUCAAGUUGUGUGGACAUUUUCAUCAGAAAGAGACAUGGGUGCAGUGAGUUACACAGCUGAUGACAAGAUGGGCUAUUAUACUCAAGGAGACACACUCUUCCUUCUCAACUUGCACAACCAUUCCAGCUCUGAGCUAUUCCGAGAUGCACUGGCUCUUGAUAUCAAAGUUAUUACAGUUGACUGGAUUUCAAGGCACCUGUACUUUGCACUGAAAGAAUCACAAAACGGAGUACAAAUAUUUGAUGUUGAUCUUGAACACAAAGUGAAAUACCCCAAGGAGCUGAAGAUUUGUAACAGGAAUUCAACAAUAAUUUCUUUUUCUGUGUAUCCUCUUUUAAGUCGCCUGUAUUGGACAGAAGUUUCCGAUUUUGGCUAUCAGAUGUUCUACUGCAGUAUUAUAAAUCACACCUUGCACCGCAUUCUGCAACUUACAGCCACAAACCAGCAAGAUGGAAAGAGCCAAUGUUCUUGUAAUGUGACUGAAUAUGAGUUAAGUGGAGCAAUGACCGUUGAUACCUCUGACCUAGAAAAACCACAGAUAUACUUUGCCAAAGGGCAAGAGAUCUGGGCUAUGGAUCUGGAAGGAUGUCAGUGUUGGAGAGUUAUCAUGGUGCAUUCUGUGCUUGGAAAAACACUUGCUAGCUUAACUGUGGAUGGGGAGUUUAUUUACUGGAUCAUUCCGGAAAAGGACAGCUCAAAGAUUUAUCAAGCAAAGAAAAGCAAUGGGACCAUUAUCUCGCUGGUGAAGGUCCCAAGAAGGACACAUAUCUUGGCUUACAGUUCAGCUGUGCAGCCUUUUCCAGAUAAAGCAUUUCUGUCUCUAUCUUUGGACAUUGAAGAACCAACUAUACUUAAUGCCACUAACACUAGCAUCACAAUUAGAUUACCUCCUGCCAAGACAAACCUCAUAUGGUACGGCAUCACCAGCCCUACUCCAACAUACAUGGUUUAUUACACAGAAGUUAAGGAUGAGAGAAACAGCUCUGGCUGGAAAUAUAGAAUGCUGGAAUUUCAGGACAAGAUAGCCCUUAUUGAAGGUUUACAACCAUUUUCCACUUAUGUGAUACAGAUAGCUGUGAAGAAUUACUAUUCAGAUCCUUUGGAACAGUUACCUAUGGGAAAGGAGAUUUGGGUUAAAACUGAAAGUGGAGUACCAGAGGCAGUUUUCCUCAUUAAUGCUACCGUACUAUCAGACACCAGCCUCCUUAUAUCCUGGAGAGAAUCUCACAAGCCAAAUGGUCCUAAGGAGUCAGUACGCUAUCAGUUGGCAAUCUCACAUCUGGCCCGAAUUCCUGAGACUCCUCAAAGACAGAGCGAAUUUCCCAAUGGAAGGCUUGCUUUCCUUGUUCCUGGACUGUCUGGUGGACAGCAAUAUGUGUUAAAGGUUCUAGCCUGUCACUCGGAGGAAAUGUGGUGUACUGAGAGUCAUCCUGUCACUGUCAAAAUGUUCGACACACCAGAAAAACCUUAUGCCUUGGUUCCAGAGAACACUAGUCUACAAUUAGAUUGGAAGGCUCCAUCUAAUGUUAACCUUGUCCGAUUUUGGUUUGAACUCCAGAAGUGGAGAUACAAUGAGUUUUACCAUGUUAAAACUUCAUGCAGCCAAGGUCAUAUUUACGUCUGUAACAUCUCCGAUCUCCAACCUUACACUUCCUAUAAUGUCCGAGUAGUGGUGGUUUAUACAACAGGAGAAAAUAGCACCUCACUUCCAGAGAGCUUUAAGACAAAAGCUGGAGUUCCAAGUAAACCAGGCACUCCUAAAUUAUUAGAAGGGAGUGAAAACUCAAUACAUUGGGAACAAGCUGAAGAUAAUGGAAGUAGACUUUUGUACUAUAUCCUUGAGAUCAGAGAGGGCACUUCAAAUGAUUCACAAAAACAGAAUGUGAGGUGGAAGAUGGCAUUUAAUGGAUCCUGCAGCAGCAUUUGCACAUGGAAAUCCAAAAACCUGAAAGGAACAUUUCAAUUCAGAGUUGCAGCUGCAAAUAACCUGGGAUUUGGUGAAUAUAGUGGAAUCAGUGAGAAUAUUUUACUAGCUGGAGAUGGCUUCUGGAUACCUGAAACAAGUUUUAUACUUGUUAUUAUAGUUGGAAUAUUUCUGAUUGUUAUAAUCCCCUUGGCAUUUGUCUGGCAUAGAAGAUUAAAGAAUCAAAAGACUUCCAAAGAAGGGCUGACCAUUCUUAUAAACGAAGACAAAGAACUGGCUGAAUUGCGAGGUCUGGGCGCUGGAGUGGGACUGGCUAAUGCCUGCUAUGCGAUACAUACUCUUCCGACCCAAGAAGAGAUUGAAAAUCUUCCUACUUUCCCUCGGGAAAAACUAACUCUGCGUCUCUUGUUGGGAAGCGGGGCCUUUGGAGAAGUGUAUGAAGGGACAGCAGUAGACAUCUUAGGAGCUGGAAGUGGAGAAAUCAAAGUAGCGGUGAAGACUCUGAAGAAGGGGUCCACAGACCAGGAGAAGAUAGAAUUUCUCAAGGAGGCACAUUUGAUGAGCAAAUUUAAUCAUCCCAACAUUCUGAAGCAGCUUGGUGUUUGUCUGCUAAAUGAACCCCAGUACAUUAUCUUAGAACUGAUGGAAGGAGGAGACCUUCUCACCUAUUUGCGCAAGGCCCGGAUGACAACGUUUCAUGGUCCUUUACUCACCUUGAUUGAUCUUGUAGACAUGUGUGUAGAUAUUUCAAAAGGCUGUGUCUACUUGGAGCAGAUGCACUUUAUUCACAGGGAUCUGGCUGCUCGAAAUUGUCUUGUGUCUGUGAAAGACUAUACUAGUCCUUCACGGAUAGUGAAGAUUGGGGAUUUUGGACUCGCCAGGGACAUCUAUAAAAAUGAUUACUAUAGAAAGAGAGGGGAAGGUCUGCUCCCUGUACGGUGGAUGGCUCCAGAAAGUUUGAUGGAUGGAAUCUUCACUACCCAAUCUGAUGUAUGGUCUUUUGGAAUUCUGAUUUGGGAGAUUUUAACUCUUGGUCAUCAGCCUUAUCCAGCUCAUUCCAACCUUGAUGUUUUAAACUAUGUGCAAACAGGAGGGAGACUAGAGCCACCAAGAAAUUGCCCCGAUGAUCUAUGGAAUUUAAUGACCCAGUGCUGGGCUCAAGAAUCUGACCAGAGGCCUAGUUUCCAUAAAAUUCAAGACCAGCUUCAGUUAUUCAAAAAUUUUUCCUUAAAUUGUAUCUCUCAGUGUAGAGAUGAAAGAAAUAUUGGUGGAGUCAUAAAUGAAGGCUUUGAAGGUGAAGAUGUCAGCAUGAUUUGUUUGAGUUCAGAUGAUGAUGUGAGGCCAAUUGCUUUAAUGGAAACCAAAAACCAAGAAGGACUAAACUAUAUGGUACUUGCUACAGAAUGCAGCCAAAGGGAAGAAAACUCAGAGGGUCCUCUAGGCUCCAAGGAAUCUGAAUCUUGUGGUAUGAGGAAAGGAGAGAAGGAACCACAUGCAGACAAAGAUUUCUGCCAAGAAAAACAAGUGGCUUACUGCCCUCCUGGCAAGGCUGAAGGCCUGAACUAUGCCUGUCUCACUCACAGUGUGUAUGGAGAUGGGGCUGAUUAAGAAUGCUGUUUGGGAAACACGAGUUGCGAUGAAUACUCCCAUUACGUAGUCACUGAAGUAAAAUUUGAGUAGAAUGAUAGAUGCUGUCAUGGUGUAUGAGUGUGCAUCAACACUGUCAAGUUCCUGAAUCCCGAUCAUGGUCCUGAGAGCUGCUGGGGUUCAGCUGUAACAGUCUUCAUACCAACAGCCUAACCUUCAGUAGAGUUGCGAGGUGAACCACUCAGCAUGUGGAAAGCCUGGGGAGACUUUAAAUCUGGAAGGGAAACACUGCUUCCCUCCCCUGUGAAGGUCUUUAAGCCAUUGCUCACCUAUCAGUCUGCACCAUUGUAUAAACAUCUUGGGCAGAUGGAAAGAGACAGAAGUAGGUCUGUCCAGGGAUCUAGAGGAAGGGGCUAAGCAGUGUGUUCAGCGGGCAGACUGAGGUCCAGAUGAUCCCAGAGGGGACGGAAGAAAUGAUGAAUGUGUUCUAUCCAUACAAAAGGAACCAGCACUUGUAGCCUGAGAAA